AAUUUUAACCAGAGUGACAUGAAAAUGUACGUCGGCGGAAAUGCGACGGCGGAGACAAACAUCGUUAUAACAACCAAUUCUCAGCCCCAAAUUCCUACAUUUUCGCCUGCAAAAUUUCGUUAGCUUCUUUCAUGGAAAAGGGGAAAUCCAAAGAUUCUGCAGGAACAGUCACCACUUCUUUGCGGGUUCUCCACUUGGAUAAUCAUUAUUCUAAUUCAACCCCAAUUCCAAAUUCCUUUUCUUUCUCCCGCCAAUCUCAAUCGCUGAGCUCCAAUAGGAGAAAGGCUCCAGCUUUGCUGAGUUUGUGCCUAGGAGUAGUGGGUUGCAAUCUCGAAGACAUCAUCGAUGACCUUGCCGAGAUUGCCGUCGCUUUCCCUUCCGAUAUCAAGAUGGUAUUGGUGGCUAUUGCGAGAAGAAGGAAGCUGCUGAAUGAUGAUGUGUUGAUUGCAUUAGCUGAUAGUUCAUGGGAGAUAUUAGAUGUGUCUGGUUCGGAUGUUUCGGAUUCCGGGCUUUGUCAUGUUGUCAACAUCUGCCAUAACCUUAAAGCAAUCGAUAUUAGGCUUUGCACAAGACUGACACCAACAGGAGUUUCUGAGCUUCUACAGCGUUGUCGAUCACUACAGAUAUUAAGAUGGGGAGGUUGCACAAGGAGUGACUAUGUCGUUCGUAGAUGUUUGAGUCUCUUAGAGCCCAACCUCAAUGACGUAGGGGGAGACUCGUGGGAGGAUCUUGAUGCAGUGGAGCUGAUUCAAGGUGCCUCGCUUCGUUGGCUUGUCUGGCCAACAAUCGACAAGAAUUCCCAGGAGACCUUAACUUCUGAAUGUCCGCGGAUUGUGGUCAAUCCAAAGCCAUCUCUUUUGGGUUACCGAGGAACUGAAGUUCCACGAGAAGCAGCAAUGCACCUUGCAUUAGAUGACCCUAUUGUUGAAGAUAUUGAUCCGAAAACGUGGGCAGUUUCUGGAUGUAAGCCAUCUAGGACUCCACUUCUACCAGCUGCAUCUCCUAAUGAACUAUCCAUUGCUGAAAAAUUUAGGCUAGCGUUCCUGGAUAGAGAUACUCGGUUGGCACCAAAGAGAGCCAAAAACACUAGGCAACACCAACGGCGUGCUGAGAGGGAAUGGGUGACGACGGAUAUGAAGGCAAAAGCAUUGGCACUUGCUUCCAAGGCUAAUAAAUCAAUGAACCACCGGAAUUUGUGAGCCGAAACUUGUGGCUCAAAACUCACUUUGGAUGGUUUUUUGUCCAACUUUUGGCCAUAUAAGAUUAUAAAUGGGAAUGGGGUGUGAUGUACAUGUGAGUUGGUUUCAUGUUUGAGGUUUCUUUGCCUUUGCAUUUGUUAGGGCAUCUCCACUAUACUCCAAUUGUACUGUAUUUUUACUGUUUCAAUAGUCAACUAUAUUUUUAGAUCA